AUGAUUACAUGGUAAUAGAGCGAUCAACCAUAUAUUCUUUUUUUUAAAUUAUAAAAAGACAUUUAUGACUAGAAAAAUUAUUUGAAAUUGGAAUACUAGAAAUGUAAAAUUAAGACUUAAUUAUUCUUAUUCCCAACCUUAUACUAUAAUGAAAAAAAAAGUUAUAAUUAAAAAGUUCAACAGCAAAAUCUAUUUUAUUCUUUUAGAAAAAUCAACUAAAUAAUUUACAGUUGA